CUAAAGGUGAAGCUGACACAAAGUCACUGUGGUGUUUGAAACGACUCUGCGAGAGGAACAGUUCCUCAAGAUUCGACUCUCAGAUUGAAAGGCGGGGAGAGGGGUACGUGGUGGGCUCACUGCUUCCAAUAGUUUAACCACUUGAAAGAAUUGAAUCUUAGUGGAGGAUCGUUGGCGAACGACCAUCACCGGCAGCAGGGCAGGAGCGGCGCUGCCCGGCGGAGACUCAACUAGACGAGAAGUGGGCUUGUGAUGCUGGGAAACAAGGAAGCAGGGAACUCUGCCGGCGGGGCUCCGAGCCGGACUCCCUGCGGGGAAGGGGUGCGUCCACGCCGGCCUGGGGUUCUCCUGUGCGGCCUGGUGGACUGGAGGCAGAGACCAUGCAGGACUUCUACCUUGUUUGCUGCAGCCAUCACAGCUUUGUGGUUGGUGGCCUGCAGCUCGUUGCGUGCCUACGCCCUUGUCGCUCUCCUUCUGGCUCUGGCGGUCGCCAUGGCGACCGUCAUGGAUAUUGUUGUCCGCCACACAUGCAAAGCUCACCUGUGGAGCAGCAUGUCAGCCAGCUGGGAGAUGAUGGACACGGGUCAGGACAGCUCGCUCCGCCUCUUCCUGCAGGAGAUGUCAGCGUUCAAGCAGCAGAACCCUGGCAAGUUCUGUUUGCUGGUUUGCAGCUUUUGCACCUUCUUUGCUGUCGUAGGACGCUACAUUCCUGGGAUGGUGGUCUCCUAUCUUCUUGUGCUGUCCGUCUUCCUGUGGCCUCUGCUCUCAUCUCAUGAGGUUUCCUUGUGGCUGAAGCCGGUUCUGCAGAAACUGGACUUUGGCAUUGGGGCCUACCUGUGGAAAAUCAAAGAAAAUCACGAGAGAAAACUGAUGCAGGCUAUCGCCGAGAGAGAAUCCAUCGAGGCGGACCUUUCGACCAUGUUUCCCAAGUUGGACUCUACGGCCUGUAAGGAGAUGUCUGUGUCGGACACGUCUAUUUCUGAGGUGACGUGGACGGACAACAGCACCUUCAACCUGUCAGAGGAACAUACGCCCCAAACGGAGAACUCUGAAGACCUCAACCGAGAAGACGUGUUCACUGGCGGUCUCCCAGACUUUCCCUCUCUUGACAACGGGGCGACGACCAAUGGCGACGAAGAUGACGACUUCAGCCUUCCUCAGCCAAUCAGAACCAAGCAUAGAGCUUGCCCUGCGGAGGACACGCCCACCUAUACAGCUCUGGACCUGGUCCAUCAUAUGGCGGGCGAUGUCAUAGCCACCGCCAUCACGGCCGCCAUCCAGGAAAGAAUAGAGGCGGUUUGCUUCCCGGCGAGCUCAGACCAGAACUGUCCAGAGCAGUCCAGACUACCAGAAUCCACCAGGGCACUGGAACUGGCCGACGAGUCUGACAGCGAAAUGGAAGACUUUGAGCUGCUGGACCAGGCCGAGCUGGAACAAUUGGAGGGGGAGCUGGGUUUAGCGACCGACAGAGAAGAUCAGGACAACACCCACAAAGGUUCUGGUUUCUUUUCCAAACUGCUGAGACGUCAAUGACAGGAAGGAGUUUUCAUUCGGCUUUGCUCUUAUAAUAUCUUUCAAAACCGACAGUUUGUUGGAGCUGGAGGAGAAUCUUUGUCAGUUUUGUGUCGAAUGUAAAUGUUCUUAAUCAUCUCAAGCUGGUUUGUUAGUUUUCUUUAACAGUUUCAUUGUGGCUCUUCUUUUUUUACUCUGUCCAUUUUUUUAUUUUCAUAACUUUUUCAUGGUACAUUUGUUGCUUUACUAUCUCGAGCUUCAGUAAAAUGAAUAACUUCAGAGUAUGUACAUGAUUUAUGUGCACUUUAGUGAAAACAAAUUCACCUUGUCACCAUUAAAGUUAGAAAGAUCUUGGCACAUUCAAA